AUGUCUCACGAGAGCGUUUGGUACUCCCGUCCGCGUACCUACGGCAAGGGCUCACGAAGCUGCGUUGUUACAGGCGAGCGAAAGCAUGCGGGUCUAAUCCGCAAGUAUGGACUCAACAUGAGUCGCCAGGCGUUCCGGGAGAAGGCUGCGGAUAUUGGAUUCGUUAAGGUGAGUGGCACGAAUUAG